UCUCUCUCUCUCUCCCUCUGUUUUUGUUUCUUUCUUUGUGGUAUCUUUCUCUGUCUCGCUGAACAUUAAACACAAGAAAGAGGCUUAAAUCUUGGGCCUUUGCUUAAUUGGUUUGGCGGAAGAUUAGAGGGCUUCGAUGGCGGGGAAUGAGGGAUUUGGGGGGGACCAUCUCACAGGGGAAAUUAGUUUCUCACAGUUACUGUUGGCAGAGGAUGAUGGCGAUGUUGCUGUAGGUCUUGAUGUGGACCGGUCCUUAAAUUACUCUGUUUUUUCCUCUGGAAAGCCUCCCAAAAUGCUCUGCUUCGGGAACUGCGAUCAGCAAGAAGCGGGGCUAGUAUAUCCUGAGACUACAAGGACUCCCCAGAAAUCUGGGGUCACGUGCAGUGACUCCUCAACUUCUUCCAGCAACAACGGCAGUAUAAACACUUUGUCAAAAUCUGUUGUAAAAAAGCGAAUUGGGUCGGGCCAGGAAUCCGUGCAGUGCACCAACACCAUCACCCCAGCUGUGGCGGCAGGUCAGAGAACAUCUAAAAAGAAGAAAAUGGAGAAUCCCACGCCAGUCGGCCAUGCAAAGAGGAAAGAGAAGCUAGGAGAAAGAGUCGCAGCAUUGCAGCAGCUUGUUUCUCCCUUCGGCAAGACAGAUACGGCUUCAGUGCUGCACGAAGCGAUGGGAUAUAUCAGGUUUCUGCACGAGCAGGUUCAGGUUCUGUGCUCCCCUUACCUUCAGCGACUGCGCUCUUCACCGGAACUCCGACCUCUACCUGAUGACGGAGAAAACGGAGAAGAAGCAAGAAAGGACUUAAGGAGCAGAGGGCUGUGCCUGGUUCCAGUGGAAUGCACCGUACACGUGGCGAACGGCAACGGUGCUGAUUUUUGGUCGCCUGCUGCCUUGGGGAGCAAAGUUACGUUGUCAACAAAGCAGUGAGAAUACUCGUGUCAAACUAUGCUUUUUUGUAAAUGGCGGCCCUUAUCUUUUUCUUUUCUUGGCAAUAUGGUGGCCAACUUUUACUCGCAACGGUUCUGAACAAGGACAGAAAUGGUGAAGAAAGGCGUAGGAAUCCAACACCUCACACUU